AUGAUGUUCUUUCGUCGACAUGUCCAGAAAACUAUCCCAAUCAAUAAUAGUACACUUUCUUCAUCUAUUCCAUUAUCUCUUGACACUAGCAACAUAGCUGAAGAUGAACGCGAGUCAGCUGCAGAGAAUGAACUAUCGACGACGCCUACAGCUUUGUCGCCAAUAGAGAAAACGACCGUUUUCUCCAAUGAUAUCGACUCACAGACAACAACAACAUCUACGAUCGAACAUCUAGCCGUAAAACACCCUGGACUUCUACGUCUUUUUGAUUCAACCGUAUGCACCGUAUCUAUAAUCAUCUCAUAUCUAUUCAGUUCCAAAGAGCCAAUUGUACAACAAUUCCUUGGAAGAAAAUUAUUUGAUUAUCCACAAGAAGAACUUGAUUUCUAUUUACCACAAUUAAUCAAUAUGUACAUUCAUAUCCAAUCCAUUUCAACUGUUAUUCAUGAGUAUAUAACAACAAGAUGUUCUCAAAGUGUUGAAUUUUCCCUACAAUGCGCCUGGCUACUCGAUGCAUAUAUCGCAGAUCAGAUGAAGGUGGCCAAACCAAAUGCGGCCGUUCGGCUGUUAUUCGAUAUUCUAUAUGAAAAAUACAAACCCAAGAUAACCUACAAUCCAACUACGAUUAAUAAUUCAAGCAAUAAUCAUCAUCGAUUGGACGAAGAAGAAAACGAGAAUGUUAACAGUCAAGAGGACGAGAUGAAAGCUGAACGCGCAUUAAGUCAAGACAAUCUGAUGUUACAAAUCAGUCGGAAGAAAGGACAUCAAAAAUCACGUAGUGAUGUGUCAGGACUUAUGCUACCGCGAAAUAAACGAUCAUUGCCUAUAAUGAAUGGUGAAGCAAGUAAACAACAUCGUCGACAGCCAAGGCUAUGUUUAGGAGAUCUCAAUUCAGGUCGUGCAUUUGACAACAAUUGCAUGUGUUUUGAAAAUGUUAAUGGCUUUCGUCGACGAGAAUGCACAUGCAAUGCGCCUAAAUUAGCACCAGUCAGAGAAUUUAUGACAGCAUUGAUCAAUAUUGGAAAGAAAUUACCGCAUGUGCCAACAAAAGAAAAGAAAACACAAAAUUUGAUUGGUGAAAUGAAACGAAUGAAUAUGAACUUGCCAGCGCGUGUUUGGAUUCCAUUCUACAAAUUUCCACAUCAUGUUGUGCGAAUUGCAUAUACCGAGUCAACUGUACUAAACUCUCGUGAUCGCGCUCCCUAUAUCGUGUAUAUCGAAAUUGUUCUGUGCGACAAUAUUUUUGCAUCUCCGUUACCCAUGAAACAGAAUGACUCGAAGCUGCGCUCAACACGCUCAGAGGAAAACCUCACUCAUCAUAUCAAUAAUCAUCAGAUUCCAUCAACUAGCGGACUGAUUGGAAGUUAUCUCAAUUGUGAAACUCAAAGUUUAGAUUCCGAACUGAUCGAUUCUUAUCGAUCAUUUGUUAACAGUGAAGAUGCAGAUAUUUGGUCGACCAGUGAUGAUGUUACUGGAGACGAUGCACAAUUGUCACAUCAGUCUGUGCCGAGACGUAAUGGUUUGAUAGGUUAUCGGUCAAAUCAUGCGAUGAAUAUCAAUCCUGAAACUCAGUCCAUACGUUCGACAGAGAGUCAUUUGAGUCAACAAGAAAUUAUGCCAUCAGAUAUUCGAAAGCGACUGACCGAGGUGAAAACAACUGGACCUAUUCUGUUCGAACGUGAUCCUGAUGAUCCAUCAGCAGCAGCAUUGAAAGAACCAUGGGAUAAGAAAGAACAGCGAAUUCGCUUGGCGUCACCAUACGGUCAUCUGAGAAAUUGGAGAUUAGUUGCUGCUAUCGUUAAAUGUGGUGACGAUCUUCGUCAUGAAUUACUCGCGUAUCAGUUCAUGGUUCGCCUGAAAGAAAUUUGGUUAUGUGAACAUGUACCGGUGUUUGUUCGUCCAAUAAAUAUUCUUGUGUUAUCAAAUAACAGCGGUUUAAUCGAGCCAAUUCUAAACGCUGUUUCUUUACAUCAGAUAAAGAAAAAUUCAAAACUAUCGUUAAGAAACUAUUUCCUUCGCGAGUUCGGAACGGAAAGAAGUGAACAAUUUCUGACCUCUGUCCGAAAUUUUGUACAAAGUUGUGCUGCAUAUUCAAUUAUUUGUUAUUUAUUGCAAGUCAAAGACCGACAUAAUGGUAAUAUACUUUUAGACGAUGAAGGCCAUGUUAUUCAUAUCGACUUUGGUUAUAUGCUAUCGGCUACUCCGAAAAAUCUCGGCUUUGAAAGUUCACCUUUCAAAAUAACUCAAGAAUUCGUUGAUAUCAUGGGCGGAUUGCAAAGUGAUAUGUACGGAUAUUAUAAAAUCCUUAUUCUUCAAGGAUUAUUGGCAGCUCGAAAACAUAUGGAUAAACUAAUGCCGAUCGUAGAGAUAAUGCAACAUGGUUCACAAUUGAACUGUUUUUCCAAAGGAAAUGUCACAUUAGGUCUACGAGAGCGAUUUCACUUGAACAUGACUGAUGAACAACUGGAAUUCAACGUCGAAAAGAUGGUGGAAAGUAGUUUGAACUCGUUGACAACAAGGGUCUACGAUACAUUUCAAUAUUACACAAAUGGCAUAAGUAAAUGA